AUUAGAAGCUCUCCAGCCGCCCUGGAUCGGGGUCUCACCUUCUCCUUUGGGGCAGUGGACAAGGAGAGACCUGGGGCCUUUCCUCUCUUCCAAAGGGGACUCCUGCUCUGGGGAAGGAGUCGACGAGGCUACUUCUCCUGCCCUUUGGGAUGUGGGUGGCGGAGGGGUGCAGGGAGCUAGCUGGAUGGAGGAGCCCUGGGGGGCCUUGUGAGCGGGCUGAAUCUAGAAGGAGCGCUGGCCCAGCGGGCACUGUUUCUGAGCACCCACCCUGACUCUGCUGCACGCUGCCUGCUGCGACCUUGGGUCGGACCCUUCCCUGCACUGCGCUCAGCCUCCUUCCUCAUCUGUAACACGAAGGGCUGGUCUGAAGAUGACCUCUAAGGUCUCCUGUCCCCCAUCCGUGACCUUCCGAUGCGGUGGCCUUUGGCAAGUCGCCUCGCCUCUCAAUGUCUCCCAUCUCUCUGAUGAGACCGGGGCCUACCUCAUUGACCGUGACCCCACCUACUUCGGGCCCAUCCUGAACUUCCUCCGGCAUGGCAAGCUGGUGCUGGACAAGGACAUGGCUGAGGAGGGGGUCCUGGAGGAAGCCGAGUUCUACAACAUCGGCCCGCUGAUCCGCAUCAUCAAAGACCGGAUGGAAGAGAAGGACUACACGGUGACCCAGGUCCCGCCUAAGCACGUGUACCGCGUGCUGCAGUGCCAGGAGGAGGAGCUCACGCAGAUGGUCUCCACCAUGUCUGACGGCUGGCGCUUUGAGCAGCUGGUGAACAUCGGCUCCUCCUACAACUACGGCAGCGAGGACCAGGCAGAGUUCCUGUGUGUGGUGUCCAAGGAGCUCCACAGCUCCCCGAAUGGGCUGAGCUCAGAGUCCAGCCGCAAAACCAAGAGCACGGAGGAGCAGCUGGAGGAGCAGCAGCAGCAGGAGGAGGAGGUGGAGGAGGUGGAGGUGGAACAGGUGCAGGUGGAGGCAGAUGCACAGGAGAAAGCCCAGUCAUCUCAGGAUCCCGCUAACCUUUUCUCCCUCCCACCACUGCCUCCUCCUCCGCUUCCCGCUGGAGGUUCCCGUCCGCACUCUCUCAGACCUGAGGCUGAGCUUGCAGUGAGGGCUUCUCCUCGGCCCCUCGCCCGCCCCCAGAGCUGCCAUCCCUGCUGUUACAAGCCAGAGGCACCCGGAUGUGAGGCCCCAGAUCACCUCCAGGGACUUGGGGUUCCCAUCUGAAAUCCUUUAUUUUUGUACCAUGGGGUGGGCCCCGGGCCUGAGAAGGAAGAAGCCUCCUCUGUCUGCACCUGUGGGGCUGUGACUUACCCCUGCCUCCAGGGCCGGGGCGGGGCGGGGGCCCCCGGGACCUCUUAAGGCCCAAGGUGGGCCCCAGGAUCUCUGGGCAGAGCCGACUGCUCAUGGCGGACGUGUGGCAAUGUCUGGCUGUGUCUCUCCAGCCCCCGCGUCCCCUUUCCCGGGCUCCCCUGCUGCAUGGCGGAUGCACUCCUUCCUGGCCCAGUCACAUCGCCUCCUUGAGCCUUAGUCCAGGGGGUAACUCCUCCCACCCCACCUACCUCACAGGGUUGUUGUGAGGGUGCACAGAGGAGCAAGGUCCCUGAAGGCCCUCGGGCAGUAUAUAGGGGCCGCCCACCUUCAGCUGCCCUGGGAUGGGAAGGACCCAGCCCAACCCCUGGGCGUAACACUGUGUUUGCAAAUGGAGAUUCAGGUAUUGGGGAUGCAGGUUGUGGGGAGCUGGCCUGUCAGAGUAGGGGUAGGUGGCUUGGCCUUCACCUUGGUGAUCCCAUCCCCAGCCAUUUGCAUUGCUGGCCCAGCGCCUGGCCUGGGGGGCGGGGAGAGGCAGCAGAAGGGGCUGGGCAGGGGCGGUGGAGGACUCAGGAACUGCCCGGGGAGAGUGGGUGUGGCGGCUGAGCCAGCGGCCGUCCUGUGUUUGAAUUCCUGGGAUGGGUCCUUGCUUCUCGGCUAUGUCGGACCCCACCGUGUAAUAAAACCCGAAGGAACAGCCCA